AUGUCUGAACCAAAGCUCCCUACAGUCAACAAAAAUGUAUCAAAAGAUGGCAGACUUGACAUUCAGAAUCCACAUCUCACAGAUAUGGAUGAAGAUGUUUUAUAUCACAUCGCACUGAGCAACAAGACCCAUGACCUCAAGGAUAUGUUCGGUGACGUCAAGUUUGUUUGUUUUGGUGGUUCGCCAAACAGAAUGCGGGCAUUUGCUGAAUACUUAGUGCCGGAGCUGAAGAUAAAGAUCCCUGCCGGACAGACCUUGUGUAACAUUGCCCAUGGCUCUGACAGGUAUGUCCUAUAUAAAGUGGGACCUGUCAUAUCAGUCAGCCAUGGAAUGGGCAUCCCUUCCCUGUCAAUUAUCUUUCAUGAGAUUGUGAAACUGGUUCACCACGCUGGCUGUAGGGAUGUUGUAUUUUUCCGGCUCGGAACAAGCGGUGGUUUGGGUUUGGAACCAGGCAGUGUUGUAAUCACUGAUGAGGCCGUUGAUGGUUUGCUGAGACCUUACAUGGAUCUAGUGAUAUUGGGCAAGGUAGUGCAACACUCCUCCCAGCUAGAUCCUGGCUUGCAGCAGGAGCUACUCUCUCUGGCUAACUUGCAGAAAGAUAACUACCAGACCCUUGUUGGCAAAACUAUGUGUACCCUGGACUUUUAUGAAGGACAAGCCAGACUGGAUGGGGCAUUCUGUGACUAUACACAAAAAGACAAAAUGGCUUUCCUGAACCAAGCCUACAAUCAUGGAAUCCGCAACAUUGAAAUGGAGUCUCUCUGUUUUGCAGCCUACUGCCAUCGUGCCGGAAUCAGAGGUGCAGUGAUUUGUGUAACACUGCUGGACAGACUCAAGGGUGAUCAGAUUACUACACCCCAUUCUGUCAUGGAGCAAUGGCAGACCAGGCCCCAGAAGCUUGUUGUUGCUUACAUCAAACAAAAGCUUGGUAUACAGUAA